ACACCAUAUUGAUUUAGAUGUCAAUGUACGUAACUACAUUAUUAUGGAAGAUCUCGGGCUUCCACAUCGCCUAAUCGGUGCUGGUGAAGAACCACUUGGAGAGAGGGCUAAUAUUUACAACAAAAUGAAAACCCUAAGAGGCAUCAUUGAUUCGUUGGAUCAAACCGAAAUCAAGUUAAUCCGAGACUCUCCUCUCGGUGGUUUGUUGGAUUUUCCAAACAAGCCUGCUUGGACCGCUAAUUUCGGUCUUUUUCUGCUUGGUCUUCAGUUGGACAUCGCGAAAUCAAACGAAAUAGACUUGCCUGCUAACUCUUCUGUUAUCAACAACGAUGUCAUAAACCCAGAGUCGGGUGGAAGCAACCAUUCCAUCGCUUCCCCAGGAGAGGAGGCGGAUUCCGAAUCUCAAGGCGUGGGUCAAAUGGGAAGUGAACCUAUGCAGGCUGAUGUUCCAUCGCAGAGUAGUGUUGUUGGUAAUCCUGGAGAAAGAAGGAGUAAAAGGCUUAGGACCAGAUCUUCCAAGUUAGACGGAAGGUUUCAAUUUGACAAGAAAACCAAGCUAUUGGUUGGACACCCUUCUCCCAUCGCAACUCUUCCUACUGUAUCUAUAGACCCUGAGGAGCGUUUUAACAACUCCAUGAAGAAACUAAAAGCAAUCAGCUCUAUUUCUCUGGGUGACGGUGCUCACGUAGUUGGUGGGAUGGAUGAUUGUGUGGAGUUCCUGUCCGAUUCUAUUGACGCUGAAACCAAAAAACUUGUUUCUGCUCUCAUUCUCGCUGGUGUUCCUUAGGCCAGCCCCUAUUUACGCCUUUUUUUAUGCACCAUGAACUUUUCGCCACCCUUUUUAAUUUGACAUCUUAUUUGUUCUCUCAGUCCUCGUCGGUGUUAUCUGUUUAAGCAAAUACUUAUCUGUAAUAUAAUGAUCCAAGCUUUUAAUUGAUUUAAUAAGUUAGUAUCGGUUAUAGUUUUUGUUAUCCAUUGCCAUGUAUAUGAUCUAUUUAGGCUUCUUUAUAAACCUUGUGAGCGUAU